AUGCCUAACAGCAGCAUAACCCAGCAGAACCAUUCCUCCAACGAAACGUUGCCGGACACCUCAGAGAAGCUCCGCACCAUUCUCAUAGCCCUGUACAUCAUUGACCUGGCUGGCGGCGCCCUUGGGGUCAUCAUGAUGUCCCAUCAGUUGUUUCAAAGGAGAUCGCAAUCUGUGAUGACCACUAUCAUCAUCAGCCUCCUGGUGCUGCACACCCUUAUGCUACUCAGCAUCCCCUUCCGCCUCAGCUACUACAUUUUACGGGAAUGGAAAUUUGGGAAGUUUGCCUGCAGGCUGGCAAGCAUCAUCAUCUACCUCCACAUGUACACCACCUUCGCGUUUUACGUGGCUAUCAUCAUAAUACACCUCUUCCGUCUCGAGUUUAGGAAGUGCUACACUACAACCUGGGUGGCUGCUGUCUGGCUGGUGGGAGCCCUGGUGAUCACUCCCGUUCUUCUCUCGUACUAUGGCACCUCUAAGACCUACCACUCCUCUGAAUGCUUUCAGUUCCACAAGGAGAUGCAAGAGGCGCCCAUGGUGAUCAUAAACUACUGCUUGGUUGGGAUUUUGGUGGCAGUUUGUGCUGUGCUUACCAUAAUCCAGUUGUCUGUGAUCUAUAGACUGGCUGUGAAAUACUGGCCUGACAUCAACUCCCAUGUGGAAUUCAGGGCUCAGGCAAAGAGUUUCUUCUUCAUCUUGGUAACAUUAGUGUGCUUUAUGCCUCAUCAUGUAUUCAGAGUAUAUUACAUCCAAAACUGCCACCUGGAUAAAGACCAUAAACUACUCCCAUACAAUGAAAUUUUUUUAGCUUUAACAACAAUGUGCUGCUUGGAUAUGUUGUGCUUCAUAGCAGGAAUAGCCCACUGA